CUCCCUAUAGGGGAUAUGGAGGACUUUCCUGAUAUGUACCAGGGGAAAGACCCUGAGGACAUUGAAUCUUUCCAGGGUGAGAGGAGGAAGAUCAUUCAGCCGACAUCUUUGAAAGAUCCCAAACUUGAAAAGCUGAAAUCGGUUUUGGUUAACUGGAUCAACAGUACUUUGAAAGAGGAACACAUUGUAGUGCAGAGUCUAGAAGAGGAUAUCUUUGAUGGCCUAAUACUCCAUCACCUCCUUGGGAGGUUAGCUGGAGUGCUUCUGUCUGUGGAGGAGAUAGCGGUGACCAGUGCUGCUCAGACACGCAAGCUGGAGGUCAUCCUGGAGGCCCUGAAUGAGAAACUGGGGCUACAGGACAGCUCUCUCAGCAGGUGGAGUGUCAAACUCAUCCACAACAAAGACUUGCUGGCCACUCUCCAUCUUCUGGUUGCCAUGGUGAGGUGCUUCCAGCCUAAUCUGGAGCUUCCCCCAAAUGUCAGAGUGGAAGUUGUCCUGUUGGAGGUCAACAGAAGUGGAAUCAAAUCAGAAAAGGAAAUAGAGAUUCUUACAGAUGAAAGGUUGGUAAAUUAUUUCCGAUUAUGUUGUUGUGUCCAAUUACAGUUGCAUGUUCUUCAGAGAAGGGAUUCUGUUUCCGAUUCAACUACAGACUCCCUGAGCAGUUCAGACAGUGAGGAUCCCAUUGAGCAGCUGCUGAAGCUGGAACCCCACAAGAUCAACACAGUAAAGCGGGCCAUCAUGCACUUUGUCAACAAGAAGAUGUCAACCUUGGGACUACAGGUGACAGACAUGGAGAAACAGUUUUCAGAUGGUGUUAUUCUCCUGCUGCUGAUUGGACAGUUGGAGGGCUUCUUUGUUCCUCUCUAUGACUUCAACAUCACCCCAGUCAACACUACUGAGAUGCUGCAGAAUGUGACCGUGGCCCUGGACCUCCUGAAUGACACAGGGCUACCCACGACCAACAUUGAGCCCCAAGAUAUAGUCUCUCAGGAUGUGACAGCUACCUUGAAGGUCCUAUAUGCCCUGUUCAAGAAGCACAAAAGCGGAUGAGAGUGGGAAGAACAUGGACGAGGAUCUUAGGAGGUGAAGAUGCCAGAAGUCCUUUGCCUGGGGUGUUUUUCCCCUGGCAAGUCCAGAAUCAUAGGCUGAUUCCCUCUGUGAAAUGUUUACAGAAAAAUCAUAUAUCGAUUCUAUGUAAAGCUUUGUGUACUUUGUGUCAAUAAAAUUGUACUCUAUGUGCCAUAGUUUGAAUAGCAUGGGAAACGAAUUCCCGACCACAUUCAACUUUGAAGAUCCAAGUAAUCUCAAAGUAGUCUGAAAUUGUGAGUAUCCUAUUGUGUUCUAUGACUCUGACGCUGCUGCUCGCUGCAACAAGAUAUCAUAGGAAAACGGCAUCUUGUGACGUUUUUACAAAUCGAUAAGCAUCACAACGUAUGAUGCUUAUGUCAAUACAUUGCAGUCAAUGGAAAAAUAUGAACUUCACAGGGUUGAUGCCUAAGUGAAUACAUUGCAUUUAAUAGGGGAAGAUUAUUGACACAAUGUGGACGCCUUUGGACAUGACACCCUCGUUCUCUCUCAAUUCAAUUCAAUUCAAUGGGCUUUAUUGG